GUACAGCGAAGUUAUUAACUUUUGACCGCCUCCUUCCGAAACAUGGCUGCUCCCAUACUACCCAGACGAGAAUUGUUCACUUUGGCAAGGAUAUUGAGGGGAAUUUCAGAAAGGGGACCGAGAGGCUUUAUUGCAUGCUCCAGUUACAGAAAAUCUAGUAUAAUCAGGUUCCUCCUCCCACUGACACCCAGUGCUUCCUUCCAAACAGCAUCAUGGUUGUCAUCAACACCCUCAAGAAUUACUGUCACCGAGGAGCCAGACACACUCUUCCAGAAGGUGGACAUUUUGGUCAAAGGUCAUGACAGGGCUGUGUUGGACAGCUAUGAAACUUUUGCUACCUCGGCUGCUAAAGAGCUGAGCAUCACCAUCAGCAAAAUUUUUGAACCACCUAAGGACAUUGAAAGGUUUACACUCCUGAAGUCAGUACACAUCUUCAAAAAUCACAGGGUCCAGUAUGAGAUGAGAACACACUAUCGGCAAAUUGAGCUUUCACAUAUCACAGGUAGCACUACCCAAGUAUACCUUGAAUAUAUCCAGAGGAACCUUCCAGAAGGUGUAGCCAUGGAGGUGACAAAGACUGCCAUGGAGAAGGUUCCAGAUCACAUUCUUGAACCCAUGUGGAAGGACCACCCUUCUGAUGGCAAACCCAGCCAAUAAAAGCAGCCAUAGUUAACAGAUGCUUAUGAAUGCAUUUUCUCUCCUUGGAAAGUAAAACCAGCAUUUAUAAACCAAUGACUUGCUCAUGUAAGAAUGAAAGGUAAACAUAGAAAGCUGGUGACAGAUCCUGUUCAGCUGCAGAACUUGCAUUGUUUGUCAAAAUGUGACAUUUGACAUUUCCAGGUAUUCAUGUACUGGCAGUUUGUUUGGAAUCCAUCCUACGUGACUAUAAGUAAAUUCAUUGUACCUUGA